GGAUAAGGUAAUUUGUUCUUUCUUCUGAUUCUAUUGCUGCCACUUCGAGCUAUCCUCUUCUUUUGCUGUUCCUUCUGCUGCAUAUACCAUAACCAUACUUUAUUUCAUGUGGAUUUAGCAGUAGAAAAGCCAGACUCCGACCGGCAAAACAGUAGGAUUUGAAGAAAGAGAAAGACAUACAGGGCGGCUAAGAGUGGCAGUUGCAGCAAUGUUUGCUUCGGCAACAACUCUGAAUCUGGGCUCAUUGACUGUCCCCAACCAAAAUUACAAACCUUUUGCACUCAAUGGGACACAAUCACUACCACUGUUGGCAUCGCCAAAGCAUCUGCCCAAACUAAACACCACCACCACCACUAUCACUAGCGGCAGUUGGAGAACAACCACCUCUGUGAAAACAGCUGUUGCUGCCGUCGACUCAUCUGAACCCGCGGAAAAGCAAAUCGACAGCAAGAAAUAUUAUUUUCUUGUCGCCAAUGCAAAAUUCAUGUUGGAUGAAGAGGAGCAUUUCAAUGAGCUCCUGUAUGAGAGGCUUCGCAACUUUGGAGAGCGGAGCAAAGAGCAGGAUUUCUGGCUUGUAAUUGAACCCAAGUUCUUGGAUAAAUUUCCUAACAUUUCCAAGAGACUGAAGAGACCUGCUGUUGCUCUGGUUUCAACUAAUGGCACCUGGAUCACGUUCAUGAAGUUAAGACUCGACCGAGUUUUGCAAGAAUGCUAUGAAGCUGACAGUCUAGAUGAAGCAUUGGCGUCUAAUCCUGUGAAUCUCGAGUUUCAGAAGCCAGAAAAUUGGGUGGCACCAUACCCAAAAUAUGAAUUUGGGUGGUGGGAGCCCUUCUUGCCCCCUGGAUCUAAGACGUCUGAAGUAUAAAUUUAGACCUUUUAAGCCUUGUUUGAGAUUCCAGCAGUACCUACAACUUGAAGUUGGUGAAGCUCUGCAUAAUUGUUGAGUUAAUGAAGACAUUUGAUGUUCCAUAUCAAAGGUUACUGGAUUUUGUAGUAUGCUAUCUAGAAGCACAGUUAUAGGACUGCAGACUACUGCAGAGGAAGGAAUGUAUGACUUCACCGAAGAAGAUUGAAAAUUGUUGUGUGUAAACGAUCCCAAUUAGUUCUAACUUCAAGACCUUGCUGAGUUGCAUCUAUUAAGUUUUUUUUUUCCAGAAAGUAAUGUUGCAUUUAUUAAGUUUGAGGAAAUGAAUGUAUGAAAACCCUAGUCUGAACAUCCCACCUUUGGGCUGGCCUGGACUGGAAGCUAAAGUAAAAU